AUGUACACGAUCAAUAAUGCUGAGAACCUCUCAAGGACCGAGCGCCAAACCAGCCCUGUGGAUCUCAUCUACAAAAUGUGGGACCCUCGGAAUGUUUUCCUUGGUGCAUGGGGGCCUUCGAAGCCCAAAGUCAUCCCUGAAGACGUGCCAUACCCUCCCAUGCUGUUUGCUCCAACUCACCAGGUUGUAGUGGCCAACGGAAAGGAUGUCAAUCUUGGAUCCUGCUACCGACCCGGCACAUCCUUGGAACGAUGGGUUCUAUACUUCUUGCAACAUGAGGGACGUGGCGCUCAAAUGCGGAUGCAGGCAUAUCGUUCGCUUGUCCGAUAUCAAGACAUUGGAGAGAAGACACUUCGGUUCUAUGAGAGCGAGGAUUUGAAGUACACCAUUAUCAGAAUUCGUGAGGAACGGAACUGA